CACGCCACCUGCCACCUCCUCUUACAAAUGAAUCACAACAGGAUAUAUCGACUUCACAUUCAACCACUACAACUGUAGACAUGCGCAUCCGAACGCAUUUUUAGAAAAUAUUCUGUUACAUAUAUUUACAUAUUUAUGUCGCCCUAUUAUUUCUGGUCGGGGGACAAGACCUUGCCGUCGAACCACUGUUUGCUGACCUUUAGCGAACAUCUUACUUCCGUUCUUCUCAAAGCGUACGCGCACGACUUUUAAGCAGCGAAAAAGUCCGGAUGUAAUAUUUAGAAACGAAUAUAAUUCACAAAUGAAUCUCGGUCUGUAUAAAAUAUCUGUACGCGGCGUUGCUUUGUCGUUUACAACCAAAAAUGUCGUUUAGAAAAGCGUGUCAGGUAAAGACUAAACACUGAAAAACGCAACCUUUGUUAUAACUACACUACAUGAAACCCAGAAAUGAAGACCCGUGUUUUAUUUCUAUGCAGCUUGCUCGCAAAAGGUGUGUUUGGUGGUUUUGUGAAGUCGGUGAUGGAGGGAGAUUCUGUCACGCUACAGACCGACCUUACUGACAUACAGAAAUAUGAACUCAUACUGUGGACAUUUGGACCCGGCCGCACUCGUAUAGCUCAAAUCAACAAUGUAGUCAAUAAGAUCUCUUUGUACAAUGAUGUUCUUGAUGGGAAAUUCAGAGACAGACUGCAGUUGGACGAACGGACUGGAUCUCUGAACAUCACUAACACCAGAACUGAAGACUCUGGACUUUAUGAACUGCAGAUCAUCGGUGGACAAGAGGUCCCACCGAGGACCUUCAGUAUUGUUGUUUUUGCUCCUUUGGCCGUUCCUGUCAUCAGCAGAAAUUCUUCUCUGUGUUCUUCACCGGGAUCAUCAGCAUCCAGAUGUUCCCUGCUGUGUUCGGCGGUCAACGUGAGUCGCGUGACUCUCUCCUGGUACAAAGGAAACAGUUUAUGGUCCAGCAUCAGUGUGUCUGAUCUCAGCAUCAGUCUCUCUCUACCUCUGGAGGUGGAAUAUCAGGAUAAAAACACCUACAGCUGUGUGAUCAACAACCCCAUCAGAAACCAGACGAGACAUCUCAACAUCACUCAGCUCUGUCUGACAUGUGCAGAUGAAUCAAGUUUAAACCCAGAAGAGAGCUUACCCUUCGGUCACGUGAUCCUGAUCUGCGUGGUCAUCGUAGUUACUGUUAUAGUCUUGGCUGCUGUUGGGAUGUUCAGCAUCUACUGGAGAUAUAGAAAAACAAAUCAUCUGAGCCACACUCCAAGUCAAGAAUAUACUGAGAUGAAUAACGGUUCUUCAGAUGAUUUGGCUGAGACGGACGAACUGAAGACCAUGUCAGUCAGGCUGGGAGGGACGGUGACGCUGAACACUGGUGUUACUGCAGUGCAAAGUUUCGAUGUGCUGCAGUGGAGGUUUGGAGACUUGAACACAGACAGUACCAACCCGUUCAUCGUCUUCGCCAGGCUGAACGAAGGAAGCAAUUAUGACGAUACCGGCCACGAUGAGAACUUCAGAAACCGAGUGCAGCUGGAUAAACAAAACGGAUAUCUUACAAUCAGUGACGUCAGACCCACGGACUAUGGAAUUUAUAAACUAAAUAUCUCCAGAAAUGGGAAGAAUAUGAUCUCCAAGUCAUUUAUCGUCCGAGAUUCCUCAGAAAAUGGAGAGAAUGUGCCGGAGGAGGGAAAAUCAUUGAUGAAUGGAGAGAUUACCGCAAACACUCCUGUGUAGUGUCUGUUACAUUAGUCUAAAACAUUUCUGCAUUUAUGAGCCUUUGAAAUGAGUGUUGAGUGUUGUUUACUUGUGAAAAAUAACACAACACUUCUUUUCACUUUACACUAACUUUUGUUUCGUGGUACAUGUUGCCAUUAACCCUGAUCUCGUGCAGGUAUUCUCAUUAUGUGCUUUGCAUGCAUGUUACACUGGUGUCAAUUUUAUUUUUUAAUUUUUUUGCGAACUUGUUAACGAACAAAACCGUUUUUGAACGUUUUCCGCCCUCUUGUGGAAAGUUGUAUUAAAGGAAACAUGUUCGUAAACAGUUUUAUAGUGUAACUGAAAGCUGCACUUGGUCUGAAUAUCAUUUCAGUCUCGUUAAGAACAAGAUUUGAAUGUAUUAUUACUUUUAUAAUAAUAAAAUAAAAAACUUUGUGGGAAAAA